AUGCUUUGUACUGUCAGGAGCUCGGCCGUAAGACUAAAAAAAAUAAUGCCAAGAUAUAGUUCUUCUCUAGUCGAUGUGUGUGAUGCAGGUCACGAUAUGCACACUGCAUACCCUCGCUGCGAGAUUGUUCAUGCUAACAUGAAAAAUAAUAUUAUUAAAGUUAUUGAUAAAAUAUCCACUUGAGCUACCAGGUAAUUGGUAUCCCCAGUGUAGGAGUUAUUGAUAAAAUAUCCACUUGAGCUACCAGGUAAUUGGUAUCCCCAGUGUAGGACUAAUUAUUCUUCACGAGUGUCUCUAAAUCUCUCUCAAGGUUAAUUUAUUACAAAUGUUGAAACUGUAGCAUUGAUCUUGAUAUUUGGAUAUUCAAGCCCAUACAUG